ACGAAAAUUCAUCCAUAAAGAAAAUGAUAGACAACGAUAAGAUAAUGAAGCAUCCCAAAAAAAUGAAAAAUAAAUCUAUCCACCGGUCCGUCCAUCCCACAAAACUUUUCUCGUGCUACUACUGCUACAUUUAUGAUUUAUCUUCUCUAGCUGGUGAAAAGCCAAGCAUAUGAAAGAAACCAUGAAUAAUCCUAUGGCCACUUCUUCCUCCUCGAGACCAUCUAUUUCUCCUCACCACCCUCCUCAGUUCACUCCUAUUGAAGAAGGGAACGAAGAUGAGGAGUUGUCGCGAAGCAGUUUCAGAGCGACGACCCCUAGUGAUUCAACUGACCCGAGACACCACAGCCUGACGCCAUUGCAUCAAAAUUCUUCAGAAAAGAGAAGCAAAGAAAAGAGCACCAGAAAAAAGUUGGAGAAUGGUGAAGUUGCCGGGGAAGACGACCGUGGGAUCUCAUGCAAUAAGUGUAGGCCGGGUACCCGGGAGAAGAUAUCCGUCGUCCCUGUGGACAACAAUGGAGUUAAUAGACAAUCUUUAACCAGCCCAAAUGGUAUUUUCAGAGAAGUGUACCUCAACCAAAAACCUAUUGAGAUCUUCCUUGAUACUCCCUCCGUCUCACUUUGA